GUCAAACGACUCAACGAAGUCGCGGAAGACUUCAAUAACCAGAAACUGGGCAUGUUUUACGAGUAAUCUAUCUGAAAAUGGUACUCGGAAUGAGAGUCCUCGCUCUUUCUUUGGUCUUGGGUAGCAUUUGCGCGUCAAAUGCGGCCUCUCACUCUCUGAAGUACUUCUACACUGCUGUCACAGCCGGUGUUGACUUCCCAGAGUUCACCAUCGUGGGUUUGGUGGAUGAUGAGCAGUUUGUGCACUAUGACAGCAACAUCAGGAGGAUGAUCCCCAAGACUGAGUGGAUAAACAAGAAUGAGAGAGCAGAUUACUGGGACAGAGAGAGUCAGAAACAAACUGGUCCACAGCAGACCUUCAAAGCCAAUAUUGGAAUUCUGAUGCAGCGUUUCAACCAGACUCAGGGUGUGCACACUUUCCAGUGGAUGUUCGGCUGUGAGUGGGAUGAUGAGACCGGGGCCACAGGAGGGUUCAGUCAGUAUGGGUACGACGGGGAAGACUUCAUUACUUAUGACCUGGAAAACCAGCGUUGCGUUGCAUUGGCGCAGUCGGGAUUUAGCAUUGCACAAAAAAAGAAUAAUGACCCAGCUCGGCUUGAGCACUGGAAGUACUGCCUGACCCAGGAGUGCGUUGACGGGCUGAAGAAGUACGUGAGCUACGGGAGGAGCGCUCUGGAGAGGACAGUUGCUCCUAAGGUCUCUCUGCUGCAGAAGGACUCCCCCUCUCCUGGUCUUACCUGUCAUGUGACCGGAUUCUACCCCCGUGGCUUCAUGGUAACCUGGCAGAGAAACGGAGAGGACCUGCAUGAGGACGUAGAGCUGGGGGAGACGGUGCCCAACGGGGACGGAACAUUCCAGACCAGAUCUCACCUGACAGUGAAGCCUGAGGACUGGAAGAGCCAAGAGUACACCUGUACUGUACAGCACAAGAGCCUGGAACAGGACAUCGUUCUGUCUGUCAACGAGGAGAACAUCAAGAGGAACAGCGAUAUCAAGACACUCUGCUUCAAUCCAGACGACAGCAGCCCCCCCAUGGGUGUAAUCAUCGGCUGUGUGGUGGGCGCUCUCAUCCUCAUCCUCGCCGUCAUCGGUGUCGUCAUUUGGAAGAAGAGAAGCUCAAGCUACAAGACGACUAACACCUGACACAGGUUCUGAGGGUUCUGACCGGCCUGCAGUAAAAGCCUGAGAUCUCAGUAAAGACUGCGUAAUGCACAGUAAGUCCCUUUACUGUAGACCUACUCUGUAUAGAUCCCCUCAGUUACAGAAAUUCAUCACUCUUCUGAACACACAGUUAGUUACUCCACUGUAUUAAUGUGUCUCAGUCUCCACACUCCAGUUACCACGGUUACAUUAUAGCUAACUUUUUAGAUGAUAAAGCCUCAAUAUAUUCGAUUCUAUCCAUAUUGUGUUAGUUUGGAUUUAUCUAAUGUUG